GUAAAAUAAUAUUUCUUAUGCUCUUACGAAAAAUACAACUUAUCUUUGACUAAUUUCAAUUGUGAGUGAGAGGUCUGUCAUGCUCUAGGCUCUUUGAAAAUAGUCUUUUUAACGUGCAUUUCAUACGAUACGUUGCUUCAAAAUAAACAAGCAACAUGUCCAUCCGCCCGGUCUACAGGCCCACUAUCGUCAAGAAGAGGACGAAGAAGUUUAUUAGGCAUCAAAGUGAUCGCUAUGACAAGCUCAAGCGUAACUGGCGUAAGCCCAAGGGUAUUGACAACAGAGUUCGUAGGCGUUUCAAGGGCCAGUAUCUGAUGCCCAACAUUGGUUAUGGAAGCAACAAGAAGACACGUCACAUGCUCCCCACAGGAUUCCGUAAAGUUCUUGUACACAAUGUUAAGGAGUUGGAGGUCCUCAUGAUGCAAAAUCGUAAAUUCUGUGCGGAAAUCGCUCACGCAGUCAGCAGUAAGAAGCGCAAGGCUAUUGUCGAACGAGCCCAACAGUUGUCAAUUCGUGUAACCAACGCGAACGCACGUUUGCGUUCCGAGGAGAACGAAUAAAUUGUAUAACUUUUUAUCGCUAUGCCUAAUAAAAAAAAAUAAAAACAA